AUAAAGGAGACGCUCUCAGCCGCCUGAGGCCCCCGCUCGGUGCCGCCCCUGGGCUCCGGCACGCGCUCUCCCUGCCCCCGGGACGCCCCCAUUGUGAAGUCAUCCCCUGCUGGUGGCGCGGCCCGGCGGAUCCAGGCUCCUCCUGCAGGGAUGUAGCGAGCCCGGGCUCCGGGGGGGAUCGGGGCCUGCUCCAGGGGAUUGUCUUCCUCCAAGGCUGCUGGCUAGGCUCAUUUGAAACUGGAGGAAAUAAGAUAAUGGAUAUGGGUAACCAACACCCUUCCAUCAAAAGGCUUCAAGAAAUACAGAAAGAAGUCAGAGAUAUUGAACAGCAGGUGGUGAUUUUCAGUGGCCUGUCUUCUGACAGGGAUUACAAGAAACUGGAGAGGACUCUGACUAAACAACUUUUUGAAAUAGAUUCUGUAGAUACUGAAGGAAAAGGGGAUAUUCAGCAAGCCAGAAAACGAGCAGCCCAGGAAACAGAAAGACUACUCAAAGAAUUGGAGCAGAAUGCAAACCAUCCACACAGACUGGAAAUAGAGGCCAUAUAUAAGGAAGCUCAGUCAUUGGUGGAACGUGAAAUCACACCUUUUUAUAAAGGUGGCAACUGUAUAACUGAUGAAUUUGAAGAGGGUAUUCAGGAUAUUGUAUUGAGACUUACUCAAGUGAAAACUGGAGGAAAAAUCUCGCUACGGAAAGCAAGAUACCGCACUCUGACAAAAGUGUGUGCAAUUCAAGAGAUUAUAGAAAACUGUAUAAAACAGCAACCUUCCUUGCCACUCUCCAGUGAUGCACAUCCUUCAGUCUCAAAAAUUAACUCUAUUAUGUGUGAUGUAAACAAAGCGAGGGGUACUCUUAUUGCAGUCUUAAUGGGAGUAAAUAAUAAUGAGACUUGCAGGCAUUUAUCCUGUGUGCUUACUGGUCUGGUUGCUGAUUUGGAUGCGUUGGAUGUUUGUGGCCACACAGAAAUAAGAAAUUACAGAAAGGAAGUGGUGGAAGAGAUUAAUAAAUUACAGAAAUACCUGGAUUUGGAAGAGGAAGCAGACUCUGCUCAUGCUUAUGACUUGGCACAAAAUCAAUCCAUUCUAAAAAUAGAAGAGAUCCGCAAAAAAAUGAAAGAAGUUCAUUCUUUAAUUUUCAGAGCAGAAAAUGCUUCUGAUCUGUUCUUGGGAUCCAAGGCAGAACUUCAAGGUUUAAUUGCCCACUUGGAUGAAGUGAGUCCAGGAAAGAACCCAUGCAUCAGAGAAGCCAGGAGAAGAGCAGUGAUAGAAGUGCAAACUCUUAUAACAUACAUUGAUUUAAAAGAAGCACUUGAAAAAAGGAAAUUGUAUGGUGAACAAACUGUUGUAGAACACCACUCCCAUAAGGCAGUCUGGAGUGUUCUUGAACAUUUGUCUCAGAUUCAGAGGGAAGUGCUGUCUUUUGAUGGAAACCGAACUGAUAAGAACUAUAUGAGACUAGAAGAGCUCCUCACUAAGCAACUUCUGACACUUGAUGCUGUUGAUCCACAAGGAGAUGAACGGUCUAAAGUUGCCAGAAAGCAGGCAGUAAAGCUUGCACAGAAUAUUCUUUACUAUCUAGACAUGAAAACAGAUGAAUGGGAGUACUAGGAAAAUAGUGGCCUCAUGUUAGGUGUUGCUUUCCUUUUUUGCACUUUAUGUAGACUGAUAGCUCCCAUGAACAGCACAUGAUUAAAAGUUGUGUUUUUAUAUUCGCUCGAAUUGUGGAGAUGAUGUAAAUAGUUGGCUUGAAUAUAUGGCAGCUAUCCCACAUUUUUGCCCACUUGCCAUGACAAUUGUCAGUACACCGUUUUUUCCAUUUUGGUCACUAUGUUAUGUGAGAGAGAUGGUUUUCUUGAGGAAUUGCAUAAGUAUCAGAAUCUGUAAUAUUUGGUCAAACUGUUUGGUUUUUCUUCAAAAAAGCAUGUUUCUCAAAGAUGCAGGAAUUUACUUAAGAUACAGUACUGGAAAAACUAUGAAAAGAAGACUGGAAAUUUAAGAUUAUUGGCCAAAUGCAAGGUUAGAUCCAUCAGCUUUACACCAGCAUUGACAUAUUUAUAAUGUAUUGUUCUAAUCAAAAGAUUAAAUAUAAAAGGUUGGCUU